GUGACGAAACCGGUGAGGCCUUUUGGGCGGGGCCUGGGCCGGGCCGCUCCAAAGGCCGCGAUUUCACAUCGGAAACAAAACAGCGGCUGCUCGGGAAGGAACCUCAGCUGCUAGAGGCCGGUGGUGGCGGCGAGGAAAGGACCUAAUCCAGGAGCCUGCAAGUGACAGCAGCCUGUGAGGUCCUUAGAAAGCUUGGCCUGGAGGAUAACACAUGAAAGAAAGAACCCCAAGAGGCUCUGUUUUCUGUGAAAAAGUAUUUCUAUACAGCUGCUCCAAUGACAGAGUUACCUGCACCCUUGUCCUACUUCCAGAAUGCACAGAUGUCCGAGGACAACCACCUGAGCAAUACUGGGACAUGGGUUUGAGCCCUGGUUCGGGAAGACCCCACAUGCCGCGGAGCGACUAAGCAACUAAACCCAUGCACCACAGCUACUUAGCCUGCACUCCAGAGACCGCGAGUCACCGCUGCUGAGCCCGCAUGCCACAACUACUGAAACCCGCGCACCUAGAGCCCGUGCUCUGCAACAAGAGAUGCCACCGCCAUGAGAAGCCCACACACCGCAACGAAGAGUAGCCCCUGUUCACCGCAACUAGAGAAAGCUUGCGUGCUGCAACAAAGACCCAAUGCAGCCAAAAAAUGACAGUAGAGAGCGGCAUGAGCACGGCAGCGAGAGGCGGAGGCAUGGCAACUCUGAGUCCUUAUCCAAUGGCCGAGCCCCCGGUAACUCACAGCAGGUGGUGGAACAAGAGGAAGAGGAAGAUGAGGAGCUGACGUUGAAAUAUGGCGCCAAACAUGUGAUCAUGCUCUUUGUCCCCGUGACUCUCUGUAUGGUGGUGGUCGUGGCCACCAUCAAAUCAGUCAGCUUUUAUACCCGGAAGGAUGGGCAGCUAAUCUAUACGCCAUUCACAGAAGACACCGAGACUGUGGGGCAGAGAGCCCUGCACUCAAUUCUGAAUGCUGCUAUCAUGAUCAGCGUCAUUGUCAUCAUGACUAUUCUCCUGGUGGUUCUAUAUAAAUACAGGUGCUAUAAGGUCAUCCAUGCCUGGCUUAUUAUUUCAUCCCUAUUGUUGCUGUUCUUUUUCUCAUUCAUUUACUUGGGGGAAGUGUUUAAAACCUAUAAUGUCGCCAUGGACUACAUUACAGUUGCACUCCUGAUCUGGAAUUUUGGUGUGGUGGGAAUGAUUGCCAUUCACUGGAAAGGUCCACUGAGACUCCAGCAGGCAUAUCUCAUUAUGAUCAGUGCCCUCAUGGCCCUGGUAUUUAUCAAGUACCUCCCAGAAUGGACCGCGUGGCUCAUCUUGGCUGUGAUUUCAGUAUAUGAUUUAGUGGCUGUUUUGUGUCCAAAAGGCCCACUUCGUAUGCUGGUUGAAACAGCUCAGGAGAGAAAUGAAACUCUCUUUCCGGCUCUUAUUUACUCUUCAACAAUGGUAUGGUUGGUGAAUAUGGCAGAAGGAGACCCAGAAGCCCAAAGGAAGGUAUCCAAAAACUCCAAUUAUAAUGCACAAAGCACAGAAAGUGAGUCACAAGACCCCGUGACAGAGAGUGAUGAUGGCGGCUUCAGCGAAGAGUGGGAAGCCCAGAGGGACAGUCGCCUGGGGCCUCAUCACUCUACGGCUGAGUCGCGAUCUGCUGUACAGGAUCUUUCCAGCAGCAUCGUGGCCAGUGACGACCCAGAGGAAAGGGGAGUAAAACUUGGAUUAGGAGAUUUCAUUUUCUACAGUGUUCUGGUUGGUAAAGCUUCUGCAACAGCCAGUGGAGACUGGAACACAACCAUAGCCUGUUUUGUAGCCAUAUUAAUUGGUUUGUGCCUUACAUUAUUGCUCCUCGCCAUUUUCAAGAAAGCAUUGCCAGCUCUUCCAAUCUCUAUCACCUUUGGGCUUGUUUUCUACUUUGCCACAGAUUAUCUUGUGCAACCCUUUAUGGACCAAUUAGCAUUCCAUCAGUUUUAUAUCUAGCAUAUUUGCAGUUAGAAUCUCAUGGAUUUUUCUCCUUUGACUAUAAUAAGUCUGGGGAGGACAAAGGUGAUUUUCCUGUGUCCACAUCUAACAAAGUCAAGAUUCCCAGCUGGACUUUUUGCAGCUUCCUUCCAAGUCUUCCUGACCACCUGCACUAUUGGGCGUUGGAAGGAGGUGUCUACAGAAAAUGGUUUUGAACAUGUCAUUGUGGUGGACCGAGUCCCUCAGUGCAGAAACUGCCAGAUUUGAGGGACAAGAACAAGGCAAAGUGAUGAGCCAGAAAGUUGCUGUGCUCCCACCAGCAGGUUGACCUUUGGUCACAGGUGGAUUUUACCAACGCUGCAGACUCUCAGGACUACCAUUACCAAGAGGUUAAAUGAAAUGGUUUAAACCAAACAGGACUCUUCAUCUUAAACUACAUGUUGAAAGUCAACCUAAUAAAUCUGUAUUGAAUUCUGAA